UGCGAACGACGAAUCGACCGACCUUGGCGAACGGAACGGCGACAACCUCCAAAGGUCCUCGAGUCGCGAAUUGGCCCAAAAUGCCCAUCACACCUACCAAGUACGCCAUCACCACCAGGCAGUCGGCAAACUGGAGCGACGCCAAGCGGAGGGUAUUCGCCCUUUAUCGGCGAUGGCUUCGUUCGACACCCGAGAUGCAGUCCAUGUACUCACUACCCCUCCCCAUUUCGGUCAUUCGCACCCGCAUCAGGCAGGAAUUCGAGCGCAACCGCUUCGUUAACAAGUUGCCCGUGGUGGAUGUUCUGCUCACAAAGGGCCAUGCCGACUAUCAAGAAACCAUGAACUUUUGGCGCCAGACGACUCACAUGAUGUCGUACUUCAACGAGGAGAGCUUCCGUGGAGCCAAGAGACUUCCCUCCAGCUUUAUCGAUGGCUUCCUGCAGGGUCGCAACUAAGAAGAGUAAUAACGAAGGGUAUCAAUGUCAGCCUUUCCUCUAGAGCCUAUGUAUAUAACGCAAGCCAGAUGAACAUCCAUGGACGCAGCCGCUUGUUCUUUUAUCUUCCCCCCUUAUCUUGAUGGCCACUCACAGCAAGUUUUCCUCUGUCUAUUUUUUUUGUCCCCCCUUGUGAAUUACUACCAACCCAAGCCCCAAAACGCCGUUACCCAUGCUGGUGAAAAUUAACGAUGAAAAGAAAGGUGAGAAACAAGAGGCUUAGGCAGACGCAGCGGCCUUCUUAUCAGUGAAGUCCUUGCGCGCCUCAAGGAACUUAUCCGAUACGACGUCGCAAAGAUCCUGAAUGUCACGCAGACCCUUGCGGAGUGCCUCGACAGCAGUUGUGCCCUCAUAGGUCUGAAUUCUGACGUUCAUUUUGGCUUCGGAGGGAUGAGGAAUGGCGUAGGCGCAAAAUUCGACAUCAGGGUUCUUCAUGAUGACGUAUCUGAGCGCGUUACCAAGGGUAUGGCUCUCAUCAAGGAACUCGAAAGAAGCGGCCGUGGGCGUAGAACCAGGAAG